GGUAAGUAAUGGAACUAUCUUCUUGUAGGUCACUAUGGGUGCUACUUGAUGCAACGAAUGAAAACCAGAGAAUGUAUCAGCUAAGAAAUUUUAUCCAAACAGAUGGUUCAAGUCAGGCCAAGAGGAAAACUCUGAACUUAUCAAAGUUCCAUCUCCUGAGGAUCAUGGAAUAACUUCGAGAGAAGUCAAAGUGGACAUCAACUUCAAUAUAAUCACUAACGUUGAGAAGAAAAAUGGGAAAAUCAAAUCAAAAAUGAAGCUAGAAGAUUCAAAGGGCAAAUAAGGUGUCCAUGAGCUCCUCCAAACCAGCCAAAGUUUAUUGCAACAAUGAGAUAGACGAGAAGCAUAAAUAUGAUCUGAGUGAGGAGGUUAAGAGUGUCCCAUCUGUGUCUUACUCCAGUGACUCUAAUUCGGAGUAUAAUAUCCACCAAGCUUCUUUACCUAAAAUUAGAGUCAGCAAAUGCGAAGAAUUUAAGGAGACUAGACUGAAGAAAAGGUCAACCAACAAGAUGAGCUUUGAUCCUAAAAACCUUAUUAAAGGCAAAGACUCAAGAAUGGAGGACAAUUAUGAGUUCUGUGGCAAACUAGGCAAGGGCACUUAUGGAGAAGUCCUUAAGUUAAGAGAUAAGAUGAGUGGAGAAUUUCGCGCUUGCAAAUCAUUUAUUAAAGCCAAUUAUAAAUAAAGAGAAAAUUUCCUUACUAUAUAAUGAAGUAAGAAUUCUUCGGAUGAUGGACCACCCAAAUAUCGUCAAAGUGUAUGAUUAUUAUGAGGAUUGUGAUAGGUUCCAUAUCAUUAUGGAAUACUGUGAAGGUGGUGAACUCUUUGAGUAUAUCUCCAAGGCUGGAGUUUUUACUGAAGAUAUGGCAUCCCACAUUAUGAAGCAAAUUCUGUCAGCAAUUGCCUAUCUUCAUUCGCAAAACAUUCUCCACUCAGAUUUAAAGGCGGAAAAUAUAAUGCUUGUGGAGAAAAAUGAUGAUGACUUUUUCAUAAAACUAAUUGAUUUUGGCAUGGCUACUAAGUAUGAGCAAAAAUAAGUCUCAUAUUCAGGGAACACCAUAUUAUAUAGCACCUGAAGUAUUAAAGAAUUGCUACGAUUCUAAGGCUGAUAUUUGGAGCCUCGGAGUGCUAAUUUAUAUCUUACUACUAGGAGCUCCUCCCUUUAAGGCAAGUUCGCUUAAAGAAAUUUUUAAAUAAAAUUCUUGUUGGAAAGAUUGAUUUCAGCAAAGAAAUUUGUGGAUCACUUUCUGAAGAUUCUCUUGAAUUCAUCAAAGAGCUACUAAAGUAUGACCCAGAAGAAAGACCUUCUGCUGCAGAAUGAUUAAAGCUACCUUGGAUAAAGAAGCAUUCUCAGAAGAGGAAGGAUACCAGGAAGAUCUCAUCCAUUGCUCUAAGAAAUUUGAAAAAGUUCAAUUCCGAAAGAAAGUUAGAAAUGGCUGUUAUAUCAUACAUUGCUAAUUAUGUAACUAGCGAACAAAAUAACCAAGCCAUGAGGGACACCUUCCAGAUGCUCGACAAAGACAACGAUGGUGUUCUCUCUAGACAAGAGUUACUCAAUGGUUUAUCAAAGGUGUUUGGCAAGCAGGCUUUCUUGCAUGAGGAGAUAGACCAGCUGCUUGAUAACAUUGACCUCAAUGGAAAUGGUGUUAUUGAUUAUUCAGAAUUUGUAACAGCAACAUCAGACUACCAAAAGUUGUGAACUGAGAAAAAUCUAAAAACAGCCUUUGAUAGGUUUGACUUGGACGGAAAUGGAGAGAUAACUCUUGAAGAACUAAAAGAAGUGCUCUGUGGAGAUGAAGACGAUGAGGAUAUCAAAAAUUUGAUAAAGAAGGUUGAUAAAAAUGGAGAUGGGCAGAUUAAUUUUGAAGAGUUUAAAGACAUGAUGCUUACAUUAUAUAGAAGAAACUCAAUGAUAUCUCCUGGCCUUGGAAAAGAAAUGAAUUCGUCCCUUGGAGUUACUGCUUUGUUAGAGAACAGAAGAGUGUCGAUGUUCUAGCAUUUUUAUUUACGUCAUUAGUACAAUUUUC